AUGUCGUCAGAGUCACAGUCACAGCCACAACAUAUAGAGACAAUACAUCCAGCUCCAGAGAAUGUGGAAGCUGAGAUAAUACCAGUUAUUAUAACCGAGACAUAUACAAUCCCUCAAGAGCUACAGAAUUAUCAUCAACAACAACAGAUGGAGCAACAGGCGAUGGACAAGUCGCAUCAACAACAGAAGCAACAGAUGGAGGAUGCCAUCAAAUCAUUCCAACAACAACAACAACAGCCUCCACCACUGCGAUCCUCCACCAACUAUACGGCUGGAGCACUCUCCAACUCGGUAGUGCCACACAACAAUCUAAUGAGCACAAUCAAUCUGCGCCAGAGCAAUAACUGGGCCAAUAUAACACGCGAGCCAACCAACCCGUACAUGUCCAUCAGCGAGAGCCUUGGCAUGCCCAAGCCCGAGCCCGUCAACACGCUCGAGCAGGAGCUCACCACCACAGACAUAUCGGCCUACUCGCUGUACUCAAUCUCGUCCAACGAGUACUCGUACUCGAGCGGCACCUUCUCUUCGGGCAGCAGUGGCGCAAGCUCAUACGUCGAUGACAGCUCCACGAGUGGCUCGUCCAACUACUUGUCCUACACGACCACCCACCCCUCCAUCGAGGCCAAGCCACGCCAGCACAACAUACCCGAGGUUGAAGUGUUUGAGCCCGAGACCGAGUGUCAGAGCAAGUACUACGAGCACACCUGGAACGAGAUCUUCCAAUACCUCAUGGAUCAGCCCGACACCUCUGAGUACAAGUAUGAACUGAUGGCAAAGACAGCAACUGACUUUGUAUAUUGCGCCAACACAUUUGGAAAGAUCAUUAUAUCAGAGAGGAACCUGCCUGAUGAGCAGAAGACGAUCAAACCUUUGGAACUUGGUGGUGUGGCUGGAGGCCAAAAGUACUUGUGCAAGGACAUCAUCUUUAAGUUUGUGAUGGACGUCGAGAUCGCACCAGGCCUUUGGAUGUAUGGUGAUCAAUCGCGUUCAGAUGAGAAGGCCCAAAAGUCAGCCGGUCACGAGCUCAAGGGACUCAACCACUUUAUGGAGCACUCAGAGGGCAUCAUCAGAUUCCCACUGGCUGCCAUCAUCGACUAUGGUGGCUACCGUCUGCUGGCCAUCUCCAGGCUGCCAAUCAACAAGAAGACCAUCGUCUAUGGCUCCAACGACGGAGGCAAGACCGUGCACAACUCUGACACCAAGGUCGACACCGAGAUGCGACGACUGGCCAAGAAGAUGAAUAUAAAAGGUCAUCUGGUCGGUCUGACCAGCCCGACGCUGAUCUACGGCCCUGGUGACAUUGAGGUGCACAAGGGUACCGAUGGACGUUACUACAUGAUCGACUUUGCCCGUGCCUUCCCACCCGAGUAUCCCCAGAUCGUUGGCAACCGAAUCGGAAGAGAGAUCUUCUACUACAUGCUGCGUCCCGAGUUUGUGAUGAAGACCGAGACGUCGCUGAGCCCCGACGCCUUCUCUGGCUGGCAGACGGGCAAGGACGAGGAGCUGUCCAACUGGGAGGUGAUCGAAGCGUCGGCCAAGCUGCACAACGAAACCAUCCCCGACUGCGUCAAGCAUCUGCAGAGCGCAUUGGACGACGAGAGCGACCUCGAGUCUGAGCGUUUGCUCAUUAGGAACCUGCUCAAGUUCAACAUGGGUGGUCUCGAGAGCGAGCAAACACGCAGCGCAGUCAGUCUGGCGCGCAUCAUCAACAUCAUCCACUCCCGUGGCAUCAAUCUGCGUUACAUUGGUCUCAUUUGUCAAAAGACUACAUCGCGUCCACUCAAACAGAUGUUGAUGACCGAGAUGGUUGCACGAGUCUGGAAGAAGAUCAUCAAGGCCAAGAUGAGACAGUCGAUGCAAAAGUCCAACAGACCCACUGAAGAGCCCGCUCGCAUCAUCUCCGAAGUUUUUGACAUCCUAAUGAACAAGCACAAGCGUGCCCAGCACCUCACCUUCUGGUCGACCAUGAACCCAGGUGGCUUCAAGAACGCCGCGUUGCAAGCCUUUACCGGUUGUCUAUCAAAGACCGAGAUGAAGGAAGACUUCGAUCUUAGAAUAACAAUCGACUUGAAGUUGUUGGUAAUGAGGUUGGUAAGCAUCAUGAGGGUCAGAAUCAACCCAGAUGCAUACAGAGAGUUCAUUGCCAAUCCAAACUAUGUGAUCACAAAGAAUGACAUUGAGGACGUCGAGUCCUCGGUCAAGUAUCCAACCGUGGUCGACUAUGCCGCUGGUGUACAACUGAUUGAGGACAUCAAGAAGGUGUCCAACUACAACAGCCACCAGGCGCCACAGUCCCUGCGCUGGGUCGACACUGCUCAAAUGAAGAUGCAAUCUGCACUGCGCUCUAUGCCACUGUCCGCCAAGAUCAUCUCCAAGCAAGCAUUCACCUAUCUGUUCAAGGCCAACAUGUCGCCAAACGUUCAGGACUCCAUCGCCCUGCUGUCAACAUCCAUCAAUCUGCUGCGACAGGCCAGCAGCUACCACAAGGACAACGCCGACCUGUGCGCAAUGUGGGGCAUCACACAUCUCAAGAUGGCCACCAACAACCUAUUCUUCACGAGAAAUGUCGACAACUUCAAACGCCACGCCGACCUGGCACUCGAGAAGCUGGACACAGCCCUGGCCAUCGAUCCCGAUGUCGUGGCCUCGCACCUCAAGCAAACUAUCCUCAUGCUUCCACAGGAGCACCAGCACCGCAACAGCGUGGUGAUGUUGUACGAGUUGUACACAUUGAUCUACCUGCAGGAGCGCUCCAAGCCCGAGAGCCUAAUCAGGAGUCUCAUUCCCAAGGCCAUCAAUCACAUCACUCUCAUCCGUUGCUACGAGACGCCCGAGGAGCUGAGCUCAGUCCUGGACGACACAAUCAUGCCCAAGUUGUUUGACAGCCUUCCCAACCUCACAAAUGUCAUGCUGCGAGGUAUCUCCAUCACUCCAGCACUGCUCCAGUCGCUGUCCAAGCUUGAGAAGAUCGAGAUGUUGCGUCUGGACAAGGUUACCAUAUCGACCGAGUCGAAUGAGGACGCUCCCGAGGGCACCACUCACAGCCUCAACCAACUGUUGAUCAAUGUCUUUAACAGCUCGCCAUCAUUGUCAAAGCUGCAACUCAAGUCAACCAACUUGGAGGGCCAUUCAAUCGAAGUGUUGGCCCCAUUGAUGAGAGGACUCAAGAACCUGCAUCUCCAACACGUGAAUCUUACCGAUGGUUGUCUGACUGAGAUUGCGCCAUACUUGGUCCGACCUCGAGUCACUCUCCAUCCGCUCCUGCGCAGCCAUUGGUGA